GGCUCGCGAUCAUUACGCUUUCAAGGAGAACUUCAGGCAGUCAGUUAUUAUUUCUGAACAUUUUAAGCGGGUGUGCGCUUCGCGUUUGGUGUUGUUUCGUAUUAUUUUGUUAGGAAAUAUGGCUGAACAGGGUAAAGAACUUAAGAUAUUUACCACCGCUCAGGUGAAAGAACACAACACUAAAAGCAGCGUUUGGAUAAUUAUUCACAACGACAUUUACGAUGUUACGUCGUUUUUAAAUGAGCAUCCUGGUGGCGAGGAAGUCCUUAUUGAACAAGCUGGCCAAGAAGCUACUGAAGCGUUUGAAGAUGUUGGCCACUCCAGCGAUGCUAGGGCUAUGAUGGAGCAAUACAAAAUUGGAACGUUGGUGGACUCAGAGCGUAAACCCGACUUACCAAAGAAAAGCGAUCCUGAAUGGAAAGAAUCUUCAGGAUCAUCUGAUGUUUCAUGGAAGUCAUGGAUAGUUCCAAUCGCUUUUGGAUUUGUAGCCACAGUAAUCUACCGCCUAUAUUUCAUGUCAUAAAUUAGGAAAUAAACUAAAAUUAUUAGAUCCUGUCUAAAAUCAAACAUUUAAAGUCGCAUUUAAGGGUAUUUAACUACUAAAAAAUAACUUAAAAAAAAAGGAGGUUUGUCAGAAGUGUCUAUUUUUUAAAGUAUAUUUAAUAAGCAUACUUGUCUUAUUUAGGUAAUAUUUUUUGUAAUGUUAUAGCUUAUAGAAGUAUAUAAUAGUUGCAUCUAUAUGCAUUUUAUUAAUGGUUUCGAUGAUCAGCAUCUAAUGCUGUAGACUAAUUAAAAUUGUUCUAAUAUAAAGCUGUACACAAUUUCUGGAUAUUUUUUGUUGUAUGCUCUAUGGGCUUUAUACACAAAGUGACAAAAUACAAGUGUUAUGUGUUUAAUUAA